AUGCACCUCGCCGGUAUCACCACGAGCAUCGAGCUGCUCACCAAGAACGGCAAGGAGACCCUCGAGGAGUCUCUUGUGACGGAGAACGAGGAACAGGUGUGCGCUUUUGCUCGCAUCUGCUCUGUGAGAAGCGUGCCCUUCCAGAUCAAGCUUGACCGCGGCGCCGGACCGAGCAGCGCCAAGGACUUCGCCGUCCGGCUCAAGCUGGAUGACAAGGAGGUCCGAUCGGAGACGCUCUGGAGGAGCAACGAGCGCGUGCUGACCAUUCGCGGCGUCAGGGUGUCGCCCGACAAGAUGGCGUCUAUGGUCUUCCUGCCCGUCGGGCUCUCCAAGGAGGAGACGAUCCAGAACAGCCAGAGGGAGGAAGGCAACACCAUCGAGAUCCUGGUCUACCAUGUCGAGAACAUUCGCGAGCACCCGGCUCUCCCGGGCUUUUCCUUCAUCCCGGCCAAGCGCAAGAGGCUGCCUUUCACGCACAAGAUCGGCCUCGGGGAGGAGUGGACGCCCGAAGAGGGCCCGACAUACCUUUACGACACGGUGUUCUGCGGCCACUACGAGUUUCUCGCGGAGUUCACGUACACCUACGGCCCUCGCAAGGCCCCGACGGCUGCAGCACUGGCCUAUGAAGCCCUCAAGGCCGGCGCUUUGCAGAAGGAGCAGGCGCAGAAAAGCAAGUCUGUCGAUGACCUCAAGCGCAAGGUGGCCAGCCUCGAGAAGCAGCUGGCGCAGAUGCAGCGAGACAAGGCUGCCGAUGCCAGCAAGUUCGGUCCGAUCCCUGCCAUUCCGAACUUCAAAAAGGACAAGGGCGCCGAUGCCGCUCCGAGCAGCAGCAGCGCCGACGGCAUCGACUGGGUCAAGCUCGACCUGUGA